GGUGAGGUAGAGAUGCAUUAAUGUCCCGAGUGAAAUACAGGUAACAGAACGAAUCACAACUCUUAUGGAGUAUUAAAUACUCGUGUCUAUCUCUCUCUCACAGCUUUCUUGAUUUGUAUACACUCACAUUCAAAGCUAACUGCAUCACAUCUUCCAAAUUCCCACCUAUCUUUCUCUCUCUCUCUCUCGUUCAUUCCCUUUUUGUUCUCCUUUAAUGUAAUUACCAUUUCUCAGCUCCCUUCUCACAAAUAGCAAAAAACAAGACACAACAAAAGAGGAAAAGAACAAAUGGAGGGGGUAUCAACGAGGGUGUACAGUGGAUUAAAGGGCUACUGGAAAAGGAGGGGCUAUAAGAAGCUGAACCGGAAGAACCGGCCGGUUGAAUUAUCAGCAGAAGGUUCGAAUUCGAACCGGAAGAGAAGGUUCUGGAAGAUAAAAUUGACGCUGCCAAAAUUAAAGCUGAAGCUCAAUUUUCGACGGUUUUCUAUUAAGAAGCUUCUAAUUGGGUUGCGGGAUGCUUAUGUGAACAUGAUGCUAAGGGUAGCUAACACCCGCGGGCUCGGCGGCGGUUACGGCGGCGAUUACGGCGGCGUCGCCGGAUUUGGGAUGCGGCCGAUUAAGGAGUACGAUGAGAAGGUACUGGUGGAGAUCUAUAAGUCAAUGAUGGCUAAAGGAAUAAUAGUCCCCCGUGAUGUUGCUGCAUCUGCCAGUGCCAAAAUUGGCCCUGAGAUUAUCUGUCAACGGUAAUUAAUCUUAUUUAAAGAUAAGAUUAUCCUGAGAUUUAAUAUAACUACAUUCAGAAUUCGUCUUCUCUUAUAAGGUUUUGUUCCUUACUUUUUUUUUUUAAAAUGAGGUAAACUUAUUUUCCUGGUAAUUAAAUUCUUGCAAUCCGGAAAAAUGUGUUGUAGAUUGUAAUUUGUAACAUUAUGAGGUCAGAGAUCUAGGGCAGUUUUCCCUCAUGAUUUAGAAGAGUUAAAUUGCGUUUAACUUUUAUGUAUGUAAAAUAAAUUGAAUAAAUUUCAUGGUUGAUCAUUCAACCUUGUAUUCAUCACA